AAGGCAAAAAGCAGACACGGGCUAUAAGAUGCGCAUCAAUUCUCCGCGCCUUUCAGAAGGAAAUCCUCAAUCGCCUCCUAAACGAAAAACCCUAACUGUUCGAAUUUCCUCUCUUGAUUCCUUCAAAACCUUUCCUCUUUUGCGCCGCUCAAAUCCCCAAUAAUAAUUGUCAUUGAUUUAUAUUUAGCUCUCCAAACCCUAAUUCCUCCCUCCCUCUCUCUGAAUUUCGGCUUUAGAUCGCCUUCUCUAUCUCCGCCUAGCACAGAUCUAUUGGUUCUCUUCUACUUCAGGUCUACUCACCAGUUUUAUCUUAGAAGAUUGUGCUUUUGCUACAUUUUCAAUGGCUACUUCUGUGGAUAUGUCUCUUGAUGACAUAAUAAAAAGGAAUCGUGAGAGAGGUAGAGGGCGUGGCAGGCCCCGACGCGGCCGUGGCCCAGGUGGGCCUCCCAAUGGUGGAAGGAUGGCAGGAGCAAUUCGUAAAGGUCCUCUUUCUGUGAAUGCUCGGCCAUCACAAUACACAAUUGCCAAGGCAAGCUCAAAACUGUGGAUGUUAUAUGCAUGUGACUGAGUACCUGAUAUGCUUAAGAAAUCCAACUGCAAGAGGAUCUCUAAUUAUGAUAAUAUCAAAAUACAGUGGAUUUGUUGUGUAAUUUAGUUCUCAUUCAUGGAGAAGCUCAUUCUGGCCUCAGCCAACAAAGCAUUGUUGCACAUUGCAAUUUUAUCAUUAUCCUCGGGGAUUGUCUAGUACUUGUGGGUUAUAUUCAACAUGUAUUGGGGAUUUAUCGCAGAUCUGAUCUCACAAAAUCGCGCAGAAGGUUUUGUUGGGGUCUGCAUUAGUUGUUAUUGCUAAUUAUUACCAUUGCUUACCAAGGGGCUUCAUUAGUUGAUUAUUCUGGAGUGGAUCUCUCACCACCAGUAGCAUAACACCAGUUCACUAUUAGACUCCCAUGUAAUCCGUGUUAUAUAGCUGUAGUUUUGAUGUACGUCUUAUUUAGACGGGGAGUUGGUGAUGGAUCCUCUUGCUCCGUGGAAUUCUUCGACACGAGAUCCCAGUUCCUCUCCUAGUUCAUGGUGUUUUUGCAAAGGAGCUUCCUUCGCUUAACUUCAGAACAGGAGUUCUCACACAUAUCUAACACCAGUUCACAUAUGCAGUGUUUUGCUGAGAUUGAUGUUGAAGAAUGGUGAUCUUGUUAUUGUUCAUAAGUUGACAUGUUCUAUUUGCUUUCAUCAGCCUCCACGCAGAAUCAGGAGUUUACCUUGGCAGUAUGAUUUGCUUGAAGAUAGCAUUAGAGCUGCAGGGAUAACUGGAGCAGAAGGUGGUGCCAAGUUAUAUGUUUCAAAUUUGGAUUAUGGAGUGUCCAAUGAAGAUAUAAGGGAGCUCUUCUCUGAGAUUGGAGGUCUGAAAAGAUAUGCUGUUCACUAUGACAAAAAUGGUCGCCCUAGUGGUUCUGCUGAAGUAGUGUACACAAGAAGAAGUGAUGCCUUUGCAGCUUUCAAGAAGUAUAACAAUGUACUGUUAGAUGGAAAACCCAUGAAGAUUGAAAUCAUGGGUACCUCUGCAGAAAUGCCUUUCUCAGCUAGAGUCAAUGUAACUGGAAUAAAUGGAAGGAGGAAGAGGACAGUUGUUAUGACGCCUGGACCAGGUCGCACGAGAGGCACUGCUCCUCCAACUAACCAUGGUUCUAGUCAGAACCGUCGUGGGGCUUUGAGAAGUGGUAGAGGUCGUGGGCGUGGGAGCGGGCGUGGCCGAGGCCGGGGUAGGAAGCAACCUUUUUUGAAGUCAGCAGAUGAGCUUGACAAAGAAUUGGAGAACUAUCAUGCUGACGCCACGCAAACUUAGUGGAAGCUCUGCGAAGUUAAAACACUUUAGAAUCAGCCAUAUAAGUAGGUCCUGAUGGUGGUCACUUGUCUCUGUUUUGGUUAAUGCUUUUAACUUCACUACUUCAGAAUUCAGAUCUGCAAGCUUUAUUGUAAAUGAAGUUGAUGAGUAGUUUUCGGA